GCAUCCCGGAGAUGGUCCAAAGUGAUUCCUCAGGGAAGGAAGGAGCAGAAGCUGACGGGGAGCAGAGCCGCUGACGCUCAGGACUGACUCUUAAUUGCGCGUAAUCGCCCGUUUCAUCCACCUGAGCGGAGGAGACUCGCUUCACCGACGGAGAUUCCUUCAUCCCGACAAAAAACUUGCGUGUUUUUGUCAACAGCGCCUUGAUUCCGACUGCCUGCCUCGGCGCGUCUUCUCAUCUUUUGCGUCGCUUCUGCUGGAGUCAAACCCUGGAUGCUGACAGCGCCGCGUUCCCCUCCACAUGUCGCGCCUCUUGUUUACUUUGAGAAAGCACACGCCGCAAGUGAGCGCCAAGUGAGACAGACCACGCCACUUUGCUCCUGUGACAGCGCGAUCAAAAAGGAGCGAGAGGAGGGAGGAAGGAAGAAAGAAGAAGCGGAGGAGGAGAGAGAGAGAGGAGAGAGAGAUAGUGACACUGCGAAGGUGCGUUUUGAUGUUUGGCAUCCACGACACCAUCCAGAGGAGUGGGAGUAGUAUGAAAGAAGAGCCCAUGGUGGCCGGGAUGAACGCGGUUCGGACAUGGAUGCAGGGCGCCGGAGUGCUGGACGCCAACACAGCCGCCCAGAGCGGCGUGGGUCUCGCCCGGGCGCACUUCGAGAAGCAGCCGCCCUCCAACCUGCGCAAGUCCAACUUCUUCCACUUCGUGUUGGCUUUGUACGACCGACAGGGUCAGCCCGUGGAGAUUGAGAGGACCACCUUCGUGGACUUUGUGGAGAAAGAAAAGGAAACGACGGGGGAAAAGACCAACAAUGGAAUCCAUUACAGACUUCAGCUGCUCUACAGUAACGGCAUCAGGACAGAGCAGGACCUGUAUGUUCGUCUUAUUGACUCCAUGACAAAGCAGGCCAUCGUCUAUGAGGGCCAGGAUAAGAAUCCAGAGAUGUGUCGAGUUCUGUUGACCCAUGAGAUCAUGUGCAGUCGAUGCUGUGAUAAGAAGAGUUGUGGCAACAGGAACGAGACCCCAUCAGACCCUGUCAUCAUCGACAGGUUCUUCCUCAAGUUCUUCCUAAAGUGUAACCAGAACUGUCUGAAGAAUGCAGGGAACCCCAGAGACAUGAGACGUUUUCAGGUGGUUGUGUCGACUACGGUUAGUGUUGAGGGUCACGUCCUGGCAGUGUCUGACAACAUGUUCGUUCACAACAACUCCAAACACGGUCGGCGGGCACGAAGACUGGACCCCUCGGAAGGCACUCCAUCCUAUCUGGAACACGCAACGCCCAGCAUCAAAGCCAUCAGCCCAAGUGAAGGCUGGACCACAGGGGGCGCUACGGUCAUCAUCAUCGGGGAUAACUUCUUUGACGGACUACAAGUCAUCUUCGGAACCAUGUUGGUCUGGAGUGAGCUGAUCACCCCGCAUGCCAUCCGCGUGCAGACUCCUCCCAGGCACAUCCCGGGGGUGGUGGAGGUCACGCUGUCCUACAAAUCCAAACAGUUUUGCAAGGGCACGCCCGGACGCUUCAUCUACACAGCACUCAACGAGCCCACCAUAGACUACGGCUUUCAGAGGUUACAGAAGGUGAUCCCCAGACACCCAGGAGACCAGGAGAGAUUACCCAAGGAGGUAAUCCUGAAGCGAGCGGCAGACCUGGUGGAGGCCUUGUACGGGAUGCCUCACAACAACCAGGAGAUGAUCCUGAAACGAGCGGCCGACAUCGCGGAGGCUCUGUACACCACAGUUCCUCGAGGUCACAAUCAGCUGGCCGGGCUGGGCAGCGGCUCGGUUCACGCCGGCAUGAUGGCCGUCAACUCCUUCACGGGUUCAGAGGUGGCCCAAACAGCCAAUCAGGGUUUCAGUCGGAGCACGAGCAGCGUGUCCCCUCAUGGUUACGUCCCCAGCUCCACCCCGCAGCAGAGCAGCUACAGCUCCGUCUCCACGAGCAUGAACGGCUACGCUAACUCUGGCAUGGCGACCUUGGGCACGUCGCCCAACUUCCUCAAUGGCUCUGCAGGCAACUCACCCUAUGCUAUCGUCCCGUCCAGCCCCACCAUGGCCUCGUCCACCAGCCUGCCCUCCAACUGCAGCAGCUCCUCCGGCAUCUUCUCCUUCUCUCCGGCCAACAUGGUGUCGGCCGCCGUCAAGCAGAAGAGCGCCUUCGCCCCCGUAGUACGACCCCAGAACUCGCCGCCGCCCACGUGCACCAGCGCCACUGGCAACAGCCUGCAAGAUCAGUCUUUUGUGGACUCUAGCAAGUACUCAUCGGCCAGUUCUCUGCAGGGCCUGGCCUUCUCCUGAACGAUUCCAGGGAUGAUCGUUCCCCCCAUGUAGAGGACUGCUGCGGAGGAAAAGUGGCGGAACCUGGCGAGUCUGUGUCGCGCUGCGCGGCUGAGACGCAGGACUCUUGUCCAACUCAGGCCUUUUCCUGCGGGACGUCGUCUGAAGGCUCGGGACGAUAGGAACCUUUGUCAUGUUGCUCCCCCCUCCUGGUUGAAUUAGUGUAGCCGCUCCGACGCCACAUGGGCGGAGCCUAGAGACUGAUAGUUUGCCCACAGUGUGACACUGACCUCAUGAGCAAAGCAUUUAUUUAUCUUUCCGUUGACUCCUGGACACAAACACAGCAGCUUGUGAUGGAAACACACACCGACGGUUUUGGCUUCCCUGACUCCGCCCACACUUCCUCGCUGAAAGAGACAUUGUGAUGUCACAGCUCCUGAGUGGAAAAGAAUUGGAUGUUGAAAGCAAAAGCGCCAUGAUCGUUCUCGAUCAUUUCUGUACGCUGCGGCUCUACUCCACGUCUCUGGAUGACACAGCUGCUCACACCAUCUGCCACAGGUGCCAGGCCUCAAAUUUGAAACCGUGAAUUUCAGGAAGGAAAUGAUGAAGUUAGUUUUUUUCAUGUGGAUGUUUUUUUGUUUGUUUUUCUUUGCUCUGAAUCUGCUGUUUGUUCAUUGCGCCGGUCUCAGCUGACCACAGAACCACUCUAUGCAACAGUAUCAGAGGCUUCCAGAUGAACUGCAACCAAUGAGGGUGGAACUCGGAAAUUAUUCUUAGUCUUUGUUUAUAUUCUCCUUUGUUCGGUUUGUUUUUACUUACCGGUGAGUUUCAUUAUUGGUCUCAUAUUGACAUUUUACCAAGUUAGCAUCACAAUUUUUCUCCAAAUUUCUGUAUUAAUAGAAAGAAAUGUAGGUAAUUUCCGCUGACUCAGAUCGGAAGUGGAGCGAGCCCCCUGCUGGCAGGUAUUUAAAACAGCCAUCACUUGUGUCAGCACUAUCCUUCUUUUCAAUCAGUCUUUUUAUCAGAUUUGGCCUCCGAAUAUUCAAAAUAUUUUGAAUUUAUGAUGGAAAUGUUGGUGUGGAUGGAGCCUGAUGCCAAAACCGACCUCACAAACACAAAACAAAAUAUGAUUUUGCUGCUAAUUUCUUCAGAAAUCAAGUCGCCGCCGUCGCAACCAGGCUUUUUUUUUCUUUUUUAAUAAAACUGUGAGGAUUGAGCUGUUUGCAAUAUUCUUAUUUCUGCUUGUCACAUGAUCAAAGCCCAAAUUCUGGCGUUUUUCAUCGAAGACUUGAAAAGCCCGGUGAUAUAUGUGUGUGUGUGUGUGUGUGUGUGUGUGUGUCCAGCCAGCACUGUACUGAGAGUCUAGCAAAUAUCUAAUUAGAAUAAAAGCGUGAUAUAUGUGAUAUAUUUUUGUAUAUAAAACAAAAAUCUUCAUUUCCUUUUCUUGCAAUAGAUUGAAACGUCUUAAGGCAGCUUCUCGGUCCAGACGGAGGUGUGUGUGUGUGUGUGUGCGCACGUGUGUGUGUGUCUUCUAAACAAAUUUGGAUACAAAAAAGAGGAUUCAUGUAAAAUAAGUAUAAAUAAUGUAUUUAUCCCUCGUAUUUGUACACUCACCCCCCCCACCAACCCCGGGUCCUUAAAUGUCUCAUUAUUUAAAUGUUUGUUUUUUUACUUCCGUUCACACGCCGUUGUCUAUUUUUGUAUGAUUUGUAAGUUAAUAAAUGUUUUUUUUCCCUCAUGACAAAUGUCUAAAACAGUAGCAGAGUAUUGGGUUGAAGUAGAUUUUAAGAGUAUAUACACACAUUAAUAUAUAAUGUAAAUCUAUAUCCUUGGUUUCCUUUGAACUGGUAAUAUGCAUGGGUUCUUCUCUUGAGUGAUGUUUGUGUGAGAGGAGCAAAGUGCUGUGUGUGUUUCUCUCAUCUUCUCCCUCCUUCUGUUGUCGAUGCUUGCGAACAUCCUGUAUCUAUAUUCUUUCCUCUGUCACUGUAAUCUUUACCAGCAGUCUAGAUGCCUUAACAAUGCAAGACCAUUCUUCAUCCGAUCCAGUGUACAGUUUUCUAGCCCGACCACAAGCGUCUCGUCCACCGCAGAGGAAUUUUGUUUUGGGGACAAAAGCACAAAGCCACUGGUGGUGAAGCCAGAAUAAGAAGAGCCAUAACUCAGCCCCGCCCCCUUCUCAGUACCAUCUCAGACGGGCACUUUUGUCUUGUGUUGAGCUGUUCUCGCGGCACUAUGGUGGCACCUCCGAAGAAAAAACGCUGCCGCAGCACAAUCUAACAGUCCAGGAAUCCCACCGCCGACUUCACCCCUGGUCAGAUUACGUAUUCAUGUCCCCGAACCGAAGAGUUGCUCACCGGCGCCCCCCCCCACCCCAGUGCUUCACCUCUUCUCUGCGCCCAUGACCUCCGCCGGACUGUUGUCAUACAGCAGCGUCCUGGUCAGGACUGUCGCUCCCGAGUUUUUCUAUUUAGGUAACAACAGAAUAAAACUGACGCUAAACCAAAUAGCUGUUGUUUAUAUUUUCCUCUGUCUGUUUUGUCUCUGACUGCAAAUACACUGAACAGCUCUGCCAGAAAAAAAAACAUCUACUGUAUAGAUUGUUAUUGUUUUUGAUGAAAAUGGAGGUUUUGGACUCACAAUGUUGACAUUAAAGUUACCUC